AUGUCCGACAAGAACUCAUCGCGGUUCACACCGCAGAACAAGACGACUAAUGAACGACUCUCCACGCACACGGUCGGCCUCGUCGCGCUAUCCGACUUCCGCAAGCGCCGUGCCGAAGUCCUCGAGCAGCAGGAGCGCGAAGCCCACGAGGCUGCGUUCUCAGGCACGUCCACACCGGAUCGUUCCGUGACAGACACUCCUGACAACGCUGGCAGUGACGCGGGAAACGGAACACGUCCCGUGAAGAAGAAGAAGAAGAAGCAGGGCAAGAAGCUGCUCUCGUUUGACGACGAGGAAGACGGGCAGGACGCGCCAUCACCGAGACCGACCUCGAAGCUGAGAGACACCGCGGCCGACGGAAGCGACAGCGAAACCAAAGGCAAGGCGAAGUUCAAGGCCAAUGCCGCUGUGGGAAUUGUGCCAAAGUCCAUGACGAAGGCAGCGCUGCGAAAAGAAGCCGACGAGCGAGACACAUUGCGCCGCGAGUUCCUGGCCCUCCAGGAGGCCGUCAAAGCGACCGAGAUUGCGAUACCGUUUGUUUUCUACGAUGGUACAAACAUCCCCGGCGGCACGGUCCGAGUUAAGAAGGGCGACUACAUC